AUUUUUUGAUUAUUAAUUUUGAUUUUUGACAAGUUAUUUUACAGAGACCCACUUCAGCAAUUAGAAAUAAAAUUGUACUAUAGACCACGCCACCUCUAUAAAUGAGGACAGCUUCCCCACCCCUCUCUCUCUCUCUCUCUCUCUCUCUCUCUCUCUCAUUGUCUGUAAUUUUAUUGGGUACAGUAAAACUAGUAUCAACUGUUGCCAGGCGCCGCUCUCUCUCUCUCUCUCUCUCUCUCUCUCUCUCUCACAUAAACAAAGUCGCUUUCUCAGUCUCCUUUUUUAAUGGCUGCUCCACCAAUAUCUUCUUGAACCCUGACCAUAAUUCUCAGAGAAUUUCCUCACUUACUCGCUCAAAUCAAACUUACUUAAUUCACGAAGAAGGAGAAGAAGAAAAAUGUUUGACUCGUCAAAUGUUCUACCCCGUUGGCUUGAAGUUCUUCUCUGUGAAAAGUUCUACAACGCUUGUAUAAUUCACGAAGACGCGAAAAAGAACGAGAAGAACAUCUUCUGCUUGGAUUGUUGCAUCAGUAUCUGUCCUCACUGCUUGCCCCCUCAUCGUUCUCACAGACUUUUGCAGAUAAGGAGGUAUGUCUAUCACGAUGUUAUAAGGCUCGAUGAUGCUACCAAGUUAUUUGACACUGAUUUUGUUCAAUCGUAUACAACCAACAGUGCUAAAGUUGUCUUCUUAAACCAAAGGCCUCAGACAAGGACUUUCAGAGGCUCCGGCAAUAUCUGCUGUACCUGUGACAGAAGCCUUCAAGACCCAUACAUUUUUUGCUCUCUCUCAUGCAAGAUUCAGUACCUCAUGAGAAGGGAGGGUGGAGUUUCAAAGUUCAUAUUUGAGUGCAAGUUCUUGUCCUUGCCCGACCCAGGCUCCGAAGACGGUUUGAUAUCACCCGAUUCGGUUCUUGAACAGUCGGGUUCUGCCCGAACCUCAUCCGGGUCAGGAGGGAACGGCAGUGUAGGGAGCAGGACCUUAAGCUGCACCGCCGCCACAGCUGAACAGAUAAUUGUGAGGAAAAAGAGAAGCAGUGUUUCCGCGUACCGUGCGGCGUGUCGGCCAGUUUUCUCGCCAGUGUCCGAAAUUUCGGCGGCGUUGAUGAAUCGGCGAAAAGGGAAUCCUCAGCGGGCUCCUCUUUAUUGAAUUCUUGUUCGGAUUGAUUAUAAUGGCGGUGGUGAGAGAGAUAAGGGAGGUUUGAAAUUGAAAUAUAAUAGUUGGUAUUAUUACUACUGUUGUAAUUUUCAUUACAUGAUAAGGGUAGUUUCGGUACUCAAGACAAAUUCUUCUUCCCAAUUUUGUAGAGGGCUAAAGCUUGAUAUUAAGCUUAUGUUCUCAGUCUCUCUGGUAUACUGGUAUUGGUAUUUUAGUGAGCACAUUUUGUGCCAACUCAAAUUGUUGCUUACUUUCUUUAUUUUCUUGUUAUUAACAAAGUCAUAUUGAGUAAUAGUAACAAACACUUAAUCCACAUUUCCUCUUUUACC